AUGGAGGAUUGGUUGAAGGAAGUGGAUGUACAAUAUCCGGGUGCAAAAACGUGUCAGAGAGUUGGGGACGACAAUAAUAAGAAGUACGCGGAAAUAGCCACGAAGGUCAGGAAAGUUGCCGACGGUUUGAAACAAGGUGCCGACACGACGAUGGAUCUCGUAAAAAAACUGAAUAAGAGUGUUGAAAGUGUUUCGCGUGAAAAGAUUGAACGUGAGCUGCGUAAACACGUGGAUGUGAUGACCACAGAAGUGCAGAAAAGCAAGGAAGCCAUUGACAAGGCACGAGAAGCACGUGAUGAAGCGAGGGUGUUGGUUGGUUGUACGGUUUUUCUUGGCAAUUUGGAGGAACUGAGAUCGGAGAAGAAGAAGGAGGCACUAAAGUUUUAUACGGAUGAUCUCGAGGAGAAAAACAGUGUCUUUAAGUUGCUCGAAUGGAGGGAUCUUAUUAACAGGACCAGAGCCAAGGAAGCAGAGGUGGAUAUGCUCGUACAAAACCUUACGUUCGCCUUAAAACGCAGUAGAGGCAUCUCGAACGAAGUGGCGCAAAGUUUGGUCACGGCGGUGACCGCGGCGGAAGCGGCGGUGGAACGGUUCGAGAAGGCAAAGGGGAAGGUCAAGGUCCCUGAUGCAGGGGGGGAAUAUGAUGUUAAAGUGGAAAGUUUAAGGGGAGAGAAGGACACCGCGAUGCAAGUGAAAAAGGAGGGGCAGAUCCCGAACAAGAACCCAUCAUUGAUUCCGGAUGAAAACAAGAAAAACGAGACGAAAGAGCCAAGGUGGGGGGAAACGGUGGGUUCGAAUGUCGGAGCGAGUCCCGUCACCGGUGCACGCAUUCGGGAGCACCCGGAGAAAGAGAAGAUCAGCGAAAUUGCGAAGGAAUUGAAUCGGGUGUUGGAGGAGGAAAAACAGAAUUUGAAACAGAAAAAAAUUGAAGAAAAGAAAGCUUUUGAGGAAAUGAAACAGGCCGAGAUUAGGCGGAAGGAAGAAGAGAGACUGGCCGAAGAAGAGAAGGCGAGACUGGAGAGGGAGGCACUGGGGAAAAAGGCGAGGGAAGAGAGGGCAAGGCAGGAAAGGGCGACGGCAGAGAAAUUAGCAGAGGAAGAAAGAAAGAAACAAGAGAAGCUCGCAGAGGAAGAAAAAGCAAGAAAGGCAAGGGAAGCGGAAUUGGCGAAAAAUGCCAAAAAGAAGAAAGACGGCAGCAGUAGUCCUGCAUUGGUGCACAGUCCCUUAUUGCUCCUUGUUCUCUUGUGUGUGUUGGGUUGCACUCUCGUUUGCUGA